AACAAAGAAGAAGAAAUCCCGCCGCGCCGUGAACGCGCUCCGACUGGACCUGUCACGGAUUGACAGCUCGCGUCCUCCACUGUAGCUGCUAGCUCGGCCGGCUGUUUGAGCGGCUUGGAAGUUCUAACCUGAAAUGCGAGAUUCAUAAACUUUAAGCAGGCGUCGAGUUGGAGAUAAAGAAAACAAACAAAAGUAAAUAGCAGCUGCUGUACUUUAUCAAAGACAGGUGAAGCGCUGCGUGCACGUGGAAACGGGUGAGAGGCAAGGAGACCGCUAAAGGCCAUGGAUCACCAGAGACAAAGGACUCUUUCUACAUCGGGAGAAUCCCUGUACGUGGUGCUGGGAGUGGAUAAGAACGCCACAACAGAAGAUAUCAAGAGAUGUUACAGGAAACUGGCGUUGAAGUUUCAUCCUGAUAAAAACCCAGAGAACCCAGAGGCAGCUGAUAAGUUUAAGGAAAUAAACAACGCUCACUCCAUCCUGGUCGACCCCACCAAGAAGAACAUCUACGACAAGUACGGUUCCCUUGGCCUCUACGUGGCGGAACAGUUUGGCGAGGAGAACGUCAACACCUACUUUGUUCUGUCCAGCUGGUGGGCCAAGGCUUUGUUCGCCUUCUGUUGCUUGGCAACAGGUUGCUAUUGCUGCUGUUGCCUGUGCUGCUGCUGUAACUGUUGCUGUGGUAAAUGUAAACCUCGACCACCCAUGGACCAGGACCCAGAGUUCUACGUGUCUCCUGAGGACCUGGAGGCCCAGAUGACUGCAGAUGAGAGAGAUGGCAGUGAUCCUAUCGUCAUGCAGCCGUCUUCAGCAACAGAAACCACCCAGCUCACCUCUGAUGCACACCACAGCUACAAGACCGACUCGUACUAGGAGCUCCCUACGCACACUAACCUUAACCCCUCCCAGCACACACACACACACACACACACACACACACACACACACACACACACACACACACACACACACACACACACCUAAAAUUAUCUUUUGAUUUCUGUCCAUGUACUUUAACCAUGAAACCAGGACGGACAUGUGAUCCAGUUAGAUGUGGAAGAUCCUGAUGUCUCUGUAAAGUUGUUCCUUGAGUUUGGAUCCGUCCUCUCAGCACAGACCUGCCUUCACCUGCCCUAUGUGUCUGUUAGCAAACCUGCUGAGUUACAUUCUCUCAUGUUCCAUAAUAGACUACAUCGUUUUUUAUUUUAACUAAAUGAAAGUAAAGGAUUAGACCAGAUCUUCAACACACGUUCCUGUUAUCACCAGCAAGUUUUGAGAGCCUUUUAAAGCUGCGGGCCUGCAGCCUAAAUGCUGUUUAGCUGCAGUUUGGAUCCAUGUCGUGUCUCUAUACUUCAUCAGCUUCAUAACAACACAAGAUCCAGUCAGCUCUGCAAGAGCAUGACAAUAAAAAUUCUAAAGGAUGCCCUGGCUUCUAAGAUUAUAUAUAUAUAUAUAUAUAUAUAUAUAUAGGUGGGGGAGUAAAGCUUUCUGAAAAUAUUUUUGAUUAAAUGCUAGAAAAUUAAUUUGUUUUCCCAACACUCCAUUUAAUGUUUACUCACUUCUCACUAGGGUCUCAGGGAGCAGCUGUCUAACUUCAUUUGGCACCAGGUGAGAGGCGGGGCUAAACCUGGACAAUUCUCCAGUCCAUCGCAGGGACACACAGAGACAGCCACUCACAUCUAGGGACGAUUUACUCUCCAUUUAAGGUGACAUACUAGUUUUUGGUCUGCAGGAGAAACUCAUGCACACAUGGGGAGAACAUGCCAACUCCACACGUGCUUGGGGAGAACAUGCCAACUCCACGCGUGCAUGGGGAGAACAUGCCAACACUCCACGUGCAUGGGGAGAACAUGCCAACUCCACACGUGCAUGGGGAGAACAUGCCAACUCCACACGUGCAUGGGGAGAACAUGCCAACUCCACACGUGCAUGGGGAGAACAUGCUAACUCUCCACAUGCAUGGGGAGAACAUGCCAACUCCACACGUGCAUGGGGAGAACAUGCCAACUCCACACGUGCAUGGGGAGAACAUGCUAACUCCACAUGCAUGGGGAGAACAUGCCAACUCCACACGUGCAUGGGGAGAACAUGCUAACUCCACAUGCAUGGGGAGAACAUGCCAACACUCCACGUGCAUGGGGAGAACAUGCCAACUCCACACGUGCAUGGGGAGAACAUGCCAACUCCACACGUGCAUGGGGAGAACAUGCCAACUCCACGCGUGCAUGGGGAGAACAUGCCAACUCCACACGUGCAUGGGGAGAACAUGCCAACCACGACUGAACAAACAGCUGAUCAGCUUAUCUUCUAUUCCACAACAUGGACUUGGUGUCUCAGUAACAUGUCCUGAUUCAUGAUGUGUAGUUUCCUGCGUGGUGGAUCUGAGGGUUUGUUGACGUGUGCUAAUGUUUUUUGGUGUUUUUGCUCCAUUUUGUCUUCUCUGUAGUUUGAGAGCUAAACACCAUCUGUCUUCUACAUGUGAAGGUGUGACUAUUAUGUGUGCAGAGGAUCUGACUGAAGCAGUGUCUCCAUAACCUGGUUUUACUUCAGUAAUAAAGAACAAUGACAGAUAUAAAACUGUACCAUACUCUAGUGACCACAUAAUUUCAAAGGUUUAGCCCCUUUCAUUGUAAUUUUAGUUCUAGUUUUAUUUUGAGUGAAGUUUUAAUGCUGUACAUGUUUUGUAAAGUCUUGUAGAUUUACUGUAUUUGAUCAGGUCGUUCAGAUGUUUUAAUACUUUUUCAUGAAGGGAUCGUAUUUAUAUCCAAAGUUUUAUUUGUUCAGGUGGGCUGGUGAUUUGUAAACAAAGUAAUGUUAUUGUAGCAGAAUAAAUUUUGUUAGGAUCA